AUCGUGGACACCUUCUUGAUCGGCCGCUUCGUCCUCCUGGCCGUGAUGAGCCUGGUGUUACUGGGGUGCCUGUUCCUGCUCCUGAUUUACCACCUCAUGGAGCCGCUGUACGCCAAACCGCUCCACAGCAGCUAG